UGGAGGAAGGCGAUCAUCACUUAGAAAUUUAACUCAAUUUCACAUUUCAAGAUUUUGGGGUGCACAGAGCAGAAUAGUGCAGCCAUGUUUCGAAACAGUCUCAAGAUGCUUCUUACAGGUGGGAAAUCGAACCGCAAAAACAGGUCCAGUGAUGGAGGGAGCGAGGAACCACCAGACCGAAGACAGGCAAGUGUAGACUCCCGCCAGGGCCGAUCUGGGCAAGGUGGCACCUCCACAGAGAACGACUGUGCUUUUGAACCAGACUACGCUAUUCCACCACUCCCAGUGACCGAAGGUAUGCAGCACAUUCGGAUUAUGGAGGGCAUGUCUCGCUCUCUUCCAUCCUCCCCCUUACUCACACAUCAGUCUAUCAGUGUUCGGCUCCAACCUGUGAAGAAAUUAACUGCCCCCCUGAGGAAGGCAAAGUUUGUUGAGAGCCCUCGAAUCCCAGAGUCUGAGCUUGGCUCACCAACGCUCACUUCAGCACAGAAACUGGACGUUGAUGCAUACUGCCCUGGUGAAGCUGAGCAGGAGCUGGGACCCCCUCCAUCCGUAGAUGAGGCAGCAAACACACUCAUGACUCGCCUGGGCUUCCUCCUUGGCGAGAAAGUCACAGAGGUACAGCCGGGGCCCCAGUACAGCAUGGAGGUGCAGGAUGAGAAUCAGACUUCAGCAGUAACACAGCGGAUAAGUCCCUGCUCCACGCUGACCAGCAGCACUGCCUCACCACCAGCCAGUAGUCCCUGCUCCACCCUCCCUCCAGUCAGUACAAAUGUUACAGCCAAGGAUUGCAACUAUGGGGCUGUUACCAGCCCUACAUCCACUCUGGAAAGCAGAGAUAGUGGUAUCAUAGCUACUUUGACAAGCUAUUCUGAAAACAUGGAGCGCACUAAAUAUGGAGGGGAGAGCAGCAAAGAACUAGGAUCUGGAGGAAACCUGAAACCUUGGCAGUCUCAGAAAUCCAGCAUGGACUCCUGUUUAUAUCGCGUAGAUGAAAAUAUGACCGCCUCCACCUACAGUUUAAACAAGAUCCCAGAAAGGAACCUAGAGACGGUUUUAUCCCAGUCUGUGCAGUCUAUUCCACUUUACCUUAUGCCACGGCCAAAUUCAGUAGCAGCCACCAGCUCAGCCCACUUAGAGGAUCUAGCUUACCUGGAUGAGCAGAGACAUACUCCCCUACGUACGUCCCUCCGAAUGCCUCGGCAGAGCAUGGCAGGUGCCCGCAUACAACAAGACCUAAGAGUACGCUUUGCACCUUAUAGACCUCCGGACAUCUCCCUGAAACCACUGCUCUUUGAGGUGCCAAGCAUCACCACAGAGUCUGUGUUUGUCGGACGGGAUUGGGUGUUCCAUGAGAUAGAUGCACAGUUGCAGAGUGCCAAUGCCAGUGUGAACAGAGGGGUGGUGAUUGUUGGGAACAUUGGCUUUGGUAAAACUGCCAUUAUCUCCAGACUGGUUGCUCUCAGCUGCCAUGGCACACGAAUGAGACAGAUUGCCUCUGAUAGCCCACAUGCCUCCCCAAAACAUGUGGAUGCAAAUAGAGAGCUACCCCUAACACAGCCACCUUCUGCUCACUCGUCAAUCACGAGUGGAAGCUGCCCUGGAACGCCUGAAAUGCGCAGACGCCAAGAAGAGGCCAUGCGGAGACUCGCUGCGCAGGUUGUCGCUUAUCAUUACUGCCAGGCCGAUAAUGCCUACACCUGUCUUGUGCCCGAGUUUGUACACAACGUGGCAGCACUGCUCUGCCGCUCGCCACAGUUUGUCGCCUACAGGGAGCAGCUGCUGCGGGAACCACAUUUACAGAGCAUGCUCAGCUUGAGAUCCUGUGUUCAGGAUCCCAUGGCCUCCUUCCGGAGGGGAGUCCUAGAGCCCUUGGAAAAUCUUCAUAAAGAGAGGAAGAUUCCAGAUGAAGAUUACAUCAUAUUAAUUGAUGGUUUAAAUGAAGCUGAAUUUCACAAGCCAGAUUAUGGGGACACCAUAGUAUCAUUCUUGAGCAAAAUGAUUGGAAAAUUCCCAUCCUGGCUGAAGUUGAUAGUGACGGUCAGGACAAGUCUACAGGAAAUAAUUAAGUUGUUGCCCUUCCAUAGGAUAUUUUUGGAUAGACUGGAAGAGAACGAAGCCAUAGAUCAGGACCUCCAGGCAUAUAUCCUUCAUCGAAUACACAGCAGCUCUGAGAUCCAGAACAACAUCUCCCUUAAUGGCAAAAUGGACAACACUACAUUUGGCAAACUCAGUUCUCACCUCAAGACCUUGAGCCAAGGGUCCUAUCUAUACCUAAAGCUCACUUUUGAUCUCAUUGAGAAGGGCUACCUGGUACUAAAGAGCUCCAGCUAUAAAGUAGUCCCAGUCUCUCUCUCAGAGGUUUACCUAUUACAGUGCAAUAUGAAGUUCCCAACACAGUCUUCCUUUGAUCGGGUUAUGCCUCUCUUGAAUGUGGCAGUGGCAUCUCUGCAUCCAUUAACAGAUGAACAUAUUUUUCAGGCCAUUAAUGCUGGUAGCAUUGAGGGCACACUGGAAUGGGAUGACUUUCAGCAGAGGAUGGAGAACCUCUCCAUGUUUCUUAUCAAGCGUAGAGACAUGACACGAAUGUUUGUUCAUCCGUCUUUUCGAGAAUGGCUUAUCUGGAGAGAGGAAGGAGAAAAGACCAAGUUUCUUUGUGAUCCUCGGAGUGGCCACACCCUGCUUGCCUUCUGGUUUUCUCGUCAGGACGGGAAGCUAAACCGACAACAGACUAUUGAGCUGGGACAUCACAUUCUCAAAGCACACAUUUUUAAGGGGCUGAGUAAAAAAGUAGGGGUAUCCUCGUCUAUCCUGCAAGGGCUUUGGAUCUCCUACAGCACAGAAGGUCUUUCAAUGGCAUUGGCAUCUCUGCGAAACCUCUACACCCCUAACAUAAAGGUCAGUCGGUUGCUAAUUUUGGGAGGUGCAAAUGUUAACUACCGGACCGAAGUUCUGAACAAUGCCCCAAUUUUAUGUGUCCAGUCUCACCUUGGUUACACAGAGAUGGUGGCUUUGUUGUUGGAGUUUGGGGCCAACGUAGAUGCCUCUUCUGAAAGUGGCCUGACUCCUCUUGGAUAUGCUGCUGCGGCUGGAUAUCUGAGCAUUGUUAUGCUACUGUGCAAGAAACGGGCCCAGGUGGAUCACUUGGACAAAAAUGGUCAGUGUGCCCUGGUUCAUGCGGCUCUGAGAGGUCACCUGGAGGUAGUGAAGUUCUUGAUUCAAUGUGACUGGACAAUGGCUGGGCAACAGCAGGGGGUAUUUAAGAAGAGCCAUGCGAUACAACAGGCACUGAUUGCAGCCGCCAGCAUGGGCUACACUGAGAUUGUCUCCUACCUGCUCGAUCUUCCAGAAAAAGAUGAAGAGGAGGUGGAGCGAGCACAGAUCAACAGCUUUGACAGCCUGUGGGGAGAGACAGCUCUGACAGCUGCUGCAGGACGGGGCAAGCUGGAAGUAUGUCGUCUGCUUCUAGAGCAAGGAGCAGCAGUGGCCCAGCCAAAUCGACGUGGGGUGGUGCCAUUGUUCAGUGCAGUGAGACAAGGCCACUGGCAGAUUGUAGAUCUCUUACUCACCCACGGCGCUGAUGUAAACAUGGCAGACAAGCAGGGUCGGACUCCUUUGAUGAUGGCUGCUUCUGAGGGACAUCUAGGCACCGUGGAAUUCUUACUUGCACAAGGUGGGUCCAUUUCCCUAAUGGACAAAGAAGGACUGACUGCCCUUAGCUGGGCUUGUCUGAAGGGCCAUCUUUCUGUGGUGCGUUCCCUGGUGGAGAAUGGAGCUGCCACAGACCACGCUGACAAAAAUGGACGUACUCCCCUGGACCUGGCAGCUUUUUAUGGUGAUGCAGAGGUGGUUCAGUUUCUGGUGGACCAUGGUGCCAUGAUCGAGCAUGUUGACUACAGCGGGAUGCGCCCACUCGACAGGGCUGUGGGGUGUCGCAACACUUCCGUCGUGGUCACUCUUCUGAAAAAAGGAGCGAAGAUAGGUUGUCAGACGUUACCGAGUCGCCCUCGAGGUCCAGCAACCUGGGCGAUGGCCACCUCCAAACCAGACAUCAUGAUCAUCCUGUUGAGCAAGCUGAUGGAGGAGGGGGACAUGUUCUAUAAGAAAGGUAAAGUGAAGGAAGCUGCACAACGCUACCAGUACGCGUUGAAGAAAUUCCCCAGAGAAGGGUUUGGAGAAGACCUGAAAACCUUCCGUGAGCUGAAGGUGUCACUCCUCCUCAACCUCUCCCGAUGUCGAAGGAAAAUGAACGAUUUUGGAAUGGCGGAGGAAUUUGCCACUAAAGCACUGGAGCUGAAACCGAAAUCUUAUGAAGCUUACUAUGCAAGAGCAAGGGCCAAACGCAGCAGCAGGCAGUUUUCAGCAGCCCUGGAGGAUCUGAACGAGGCCAUCAAGCUGUGUCCGAACAAUCGUGAGAUCCAGCGGCUGCUGAUGAGAGUGGAGGAGGAAUGUAGACAGAUGCAACAGCAGCAGCAACCCCCAGCGGAGCCAGAACCUGAAGUUCAGCACGAAGAACUGUACUCUGUGCAAGAUCUCUUUGAAGAGGAGUAUCUUGAGCAGGAUGUAGAAAAUGUUUCCAUUGGCUUACAGACAGAGUCGAGGCCCAGCCAAGGGCUUCCCAUCAUCCAGAGCCCACCCCCAUCCCCUGCUCACCGGGAUUCAGCGUAUAUUUCGGGUUCGCCUCUUGGGUCACAUCAAGUUUUUGACUUCAGAUCCAGUAGUUCUGUGGGUUCACCAACAAGACAAGGGUACCAGUCCACCUCUCCUGCUCUGUCUCCAACACACCAGAACAAUCAUUACAGACCUAGUCCGCCACAUACUUCCCCUGCUCACCAAGGUUCCUCUUACCGCUUCAGUCCACCUCCAGUUGGAGGUCAAGGGAAAGAAUAUCAAAGUCCACCACCUUCACCCCUCCGUAGAGGUCCUCAGUAUCGAGCCAGCCCUCCUGCAGAAAGUAUAAGUGUCUAUAGGUCCCAAUCUGGCUCCCCAGUACGUUAUCAGCAAGAACCUAGUGUUAGCCAACUCCCUGGUAGACCAAAGUCUCCGUUAUCCAAAAUGACACAGAGGUCCUUCCAGAUUCCCCAGCUUCCUGUUGCAGUCCCACAGCAAGGGCACAGGCUACAGCCAGCCAAGGCACAGAUUGUAAGAAGCAACCAGCCGAGCUCUGCCGUGCAUUCUAGUACUGUGAUUCCAACUGGUGCUUACAGCCAAGUCGCCCAUUCUAUGGCCAGCAAAUACCAGUCUGCAUCAGGGGAAAUGGGAGUUGGUCAGAGUAGGUUGGUCUACCAAGGUUCAAUUAGUGGAAUAGUAGGUGAUGGUAGACCAGUGCAACAUGUUCAAGCCAGUCUUAGUGCAGGAGCUAUCUGCCAGCAUGGAGGGCUAACUAAAGAAGAUCUUCCACAGAGGCCUUCCUCAGCAUACAGGGGUGGAAUGAGAUACAGUCAGACCCCUCAGAUUGGGCGCAGUCAGUCCGCUUCCUAUUAUCCGGUCUGUCAUUCAAAGCUUGAUCUGGAACGUUCUUCCCUUCCCUCCAGCCAGCUUGGUUCUCCUGAUGUGUCUCACCUAAUCAGAAGGCCCAUUACUAUCAACCCUAACGAAAUAAAGCCUCACCCACCAACUCCAAGACCGCUGCUUCAUUCCCAAAGUGUUGGCCUCAGAUUCUCCCCUUCUAGCAAUAGCAUUUCAUCCACCUCCAACCUGACUCCUACCUUCCGCCCUUCUGCUUCUAUUCAGCAAAUGGAGAUCCCUCUCAAGCCAGCCUAUGACAGAUCAUGUGAUGAACUUUCUCCAGUCUCUCCACCUCAGGGGAGUUACCCCAGUGAACCAGCCCGUUCCAGGACCACGCCGUUCAUGGGAAUUAUAGAUAAAACUGCUCGGACUCAGCAGUACCCCCAUCUCCACCAACAGACCCGGACCUGGGCUGUGUCUUCAGUGGAUACUGUUAUUAGUCCGACAUCUCCUGGAAACCUCCCCCAGCCAGAAUCGUUUAGCCCACCUUCUUCAAUCAGCAACAUUGCCUUUUAUAACAAAACCAACAAUGCACAGAAUGGCCAUUUGCUAGAGGAAGACUAUUACAGCCCCCAUGGGAUGCUAGCCAAUGGGUCCCGGGGAGACCUCCUGGAGAGAGUCAGCCAAGCCUCCUCAUAUCCAGAUGUUAAGGUGGCUAGGACACUGCCCGUUGCACAGGCCUACCAGGACAACCUGUACAGGCAGCUCUCCAGGGACUCUAGACAAGGGCAGACAUCCCCUAUCAAACCAAAGAGACCGUUUGUGGAGUCUAAUGUGUAA